AUGGACACUGAGCGCGCCGUAGAGCGUCAACAGAAAGUGAAUGCUUCCUCAGAAGCGCAAUCUUCUCAUGACAUUGCGAAUUCUGCAGCUUCACCAGCAGCUUCCGGUUCCGACACUGGAGACUAUUCUUCAAACGACGAACAACCAUCGACUGCAUCCAAGUCAACUCGGGAUGGACAGUACGAUGACGACCACGUCAACCGUGUUCUCUCCCGUCGACAGACCAGCCAUGGAAGCAAAGGCGCCGAGGAUAUGGCUCAGAUUGCGAAGCUGAUGUCUCGCAUGUUUGGGAAGGAAAGGAAAUCCGUUUCUGACGAGGAGAAGACCAGACAUGCUGGUGUCAUAUGGAAGGGCUUGACAGUGAAAGGGGUUGGCCUGGGAGCCGCCCUGCAGCCUACCAACGCCGAUAUCUUUCUUGCUGUGCCUAGAUUCAUCAAAGGCUUGUUGACGAGAGGCAGAAAAGGAAUCGGUGCCGGCCAUCAGCCAUUGCGGACCAUACUCGACGACUUUACCGGCUGCGUCAAACCACGUGAGAUGCUCCUGGUUCUUGGACGGCCGGGGUCCGGAUGCUCGACUUUUCUGAAGGUGAUUGGCAAUCAAAGGGCGGGAUAUAAAAGUAUUGAAGGAGACGUACGCUAUGGUGGCGCAGAUGCCGAACUGAUGGCCGACAAAUACCGGUCUGAAGUGUCCUAUAACCCCGAAGAUGACCUCCAUUAUGCAACUUUGACCGUCCGGGAUACUCUGUUGUUCGCUCUUAAAACUCGCACUCCAGACAAAGAUUCGCGCAUCCCAGGGGAAAGUCAACAGGACUAUCAAAACACAUUUCUCUCUGCCAUUGCCAAAUUGUUCUGGAUUGAGCAUGCGCUCGGCACAAAAGUGGGCAACGAGCUCAUCCGUGGUAUCUCAGGAGGAGAGAAAAAACGUGUAUCUAUCGCCGAGGCCAUGAUUACCAAAGCCAGUACACAAUGUUGGGAUAACUCGACCAGAGGCCUUGAUGCCAGUACAGCUCUGGAAUAUGUACAGAGUCUGAGAACUCUUACUGACAUGGCGAAUGUAUCCACGGUUGUAGCGCUCUACCAAGCCUCUGAGAAUCUUUAUAACCUGUUUGACAAGGUCAUGUUGAUCGAAGAGGGCAAGUGCGCAUACUAUGGAAGCGCGCAAGAUGCAAAGGCAUAUUUUGAACGCCUAGGGUUUGAAUGUCCCCCGCGGUGGACCACCCCGGACUUUUUGACAUCGGUCAGUGAUCCACAUGCGCGCCGUGUCAAAAGUGGAUGGGAGGAGCGAGUCCCGAGAUCUGGUGAGGACUUUCAGAGAGUGUACCGCAAGAGUGAUACGUACAAGGCUGCCCUGCUGGAGAUUGACCAGUUCGAGAAAGAGUGGGAGACGCAGGAGCAUGAAUGUGAACAGGCGAGGCGGGAAAUGCCCAAAAAGAACUACACCAUUCCCUUCUAUGAUCAGGUCAUCGUUCUAACUCGUCGACAAUUUCUGAUUAUGUACGGCGACAAACGGACCUUGGUGGGAAAAUGGUCCAUGUUGACCUUCCAAGCUUUAAUCAUAGGAAGUUUAUUCUACAACCUUCCGCCCACAAGCGGUGGUGUAUUCACCCGGGGAGGCGUCAUGUUCCUUAUUCUCCUCUUCAAUGCCUUACUCGCGAUGGCAGAACUUACAGCAUCUUUCGAAAGUCGACCGAUCAUGCUGAAGCACAAAAGCUUCACCUUCUACCGCCCAUCCGCCUAUGCUCUAGCCCAGGUGGUUGUUGACGUUCCAUUGGUCUUCAUCCAGGUCACUCUUUUCGAGUUGAUUGUAUAUUUUAUGGCAAAUCUCUCUCGGACGCCGUCCCAAUUCUUUAUCCAGUUCCUGUUCAUAUUCAGUCUCACAAUGACAAUGUAUUCUUUCUUUCGAGCUCUCGGGGCAGUGUCUGCUUCUCUUGACGUCGCUACUCGGCUCACCGGAGUUGCCAUACAAGCAUUGAUCGUCUAUACAGGUUAUCUCAUCCCGCCAUGGAAGAUGCAUCCGUGGUUGAAAUGGUUGAUCUGGAUAAACCCCGUUCAAUAUGCGUUUGAAGCUGUCAUGUCCAAUGAAUUCUACAACCUCGAUAUUCAGUGUGUAAGGCCAAAUAUUGUACCUGACGGCCCCAAUGCGCAGCCCGGUCACCAAAGCUGCGCGAUCCAGGGAAGCAGUCCGGACCAGCUAGUUGUCCCAGGUUCGAGUUACAUCAAGACUGCUUUCUCAUACACUCGGUCUCAUCUAUGGCGGAACUUUGGCAUCGUCAUCGCGUGGUUCGUUUUCUUCGUCGCCUUGACGAUGUUGGGUACGGAGUUGCAGCAACCCAACAAAGGCGGCAGCUCAGUUACAACUUUUAAGAGGAACGAAGCGCCAAAGGUUGUUGAGGAAGCAGUGAAAAACAAAGAAUUUCCCGAGGAUGUGGAAUCAGGACAGAAGGAGAAUGCUGCCAAUGCAGAUCCCGAGAAGACCCAAUCGGGAGAGUCUGGGAGUGAAGUCAAAGAUAUCGCUCAGAGCACGUCUAUCUUCACUUGGCAAGAUGUCAACUACACCAUCCCUUAUGAGGGUGGGCAAAGGAAGCUUCUGCAGGACGUACACGGAUAUGUUAAACCCGGCCGCCUUACUGCCUUGAUGGGAGCUUCCGGAGCAGGGAAAACUACUCUACUAAAUACUCUGGCACAGCGGGUCAAUUUUGGUGUCGUUACGGGUACCUUUUUGGUAGAUGGAAAGCCACUUCCUAAGAGUUUCCAGAGAGCAACUGGGUUUGCUGAACAGAUGGAUAUCCAUGAGCCCACCGCAACUGUUAGGGAGUCUCUCCGCUUCUCUGCGCUUCUGCGGCAGCCUAAAGAGGUGCCUAUUGAGGAGAAGUAUGACUAUUGUGAGAAGAUCAUUGACCUACUUGAGAUGCGCCCAAUUGCCGGUGCAACUGUGGGCUCUGGAGGGACUGGCCUGAACCCCGAACAACGCAAGCGACUCACCAUUGCAGUGGAGCUGGCAAGUAAGCCUGAACUUCUUUGUUUUCUUGACGAGCCUACAAGUGGCCUUGAUUCGCUUGCCGCGUUCAACAUUGUGCGGUUCCUUCGACGGCUUGCGGACGCUGGGCAAGCAAUUCUUUGCACGAUUCACCAGCCGUCUGCGGUCCUAUUCGAAGAGUUUGAUGACCUCCUACUGCUGCAAAGUGGUGGUAGAGUUGUGUACAACGGACAACUGGGACAGGACUCGAAGGAUCUCAUCGAAUACUUCGAGUCGAACGGUGCUAAGAAGUGUCCGCCUCAUGCGAAUCCUGCCGAAUACAUGCUCGAGGUCAUCGGCGCGGGCAAUCCGGACUACAAGGGAAAGGACUGGGGAGACGUCUGGGCCCAGUCUCCUCAAUGCAAACAACUGGCCGAAGAGAUUGACAGAAUCAUCGACUCGCGCCGCAAUCGCGAAAUCAGACAGAACAAAGACGACGAGCGGGAAUACGCAAUGCCCAUCUGGACCCAGAUAGUGACGGUCACCAAGCGGGCGUUCGUCGCAUACUGGAGAUCUCCAGAGUAUACUCUCGGCAAAUUCCUUCUCCAUAUCUUCACCGGGCUCUUCAACACGUUUACCUUCUGGCAUCUGGGAAAUAGCUACAUCGACAUGCAAUCGCGGCUCUUCUCGAUCUUCAUGACUCUCACCAUCUCGCCACCCCUGAUCCAGCAGCUUCAGCCCAGAUUCCUGCACUUCCGGAACCUCUACGAAUCACGCGAGGCCAACUCGAAGAUCUAUUCAUGGACCGCGAUGGUCACCAGCGCCAUCCUCCCGGAGCUCCCCUACUCCAUCGUCGCAGGAUCCACCUACUUCAACUGCUGGUACUGGGGCAUCUGGUACCCCCGCGACUCCUUCAGCUCCGGCUACACCUGGAUGCUGCUCAUGGUCUUCGAGCUCUACUACGUCAGCUUCGGCCAGUUCAUUGCCGCCUUCUCCCCCAACGAGCUCUUCGCCUCCCUCCUCGUCCCCAGCUUCUUCACCUUCGUCAUCGCCUUCUGCGGCGUCGUCGUCCCCUACGCCGCCCUCCCCCACUUCUGGCGUUCCUGGAUGUACUGGCUCACUCCCUUCCACUACCUGCUCGAGGGCUUCCUCGGCGUCCUCACCCAUAACAUCCCCGUCCGCUGCGUCAGCAGGGAGAUGACCCAGUUUUCGCCCCCACCAGGCGAAACCUGCCAGAGCUACGCCGGCGCCUUUGCGAAACAGGCAGGCGGGUACGUCCAAGACGCACCGGGAGGGCUAUGCUCGUAUUGCCCGUAUUCCGUCGGGGAUGCGUUUGCGGCGGGUUUCAACGUCUUCUACUCGCACAAAUGGCGCAACUACGGGAUCUUCUGGGCUUUCACCAUGUUUAAUUUCGUGGCGGUCUACUUCUUCUCCUGGCUUUAUCUUCACGGCGUGGGGGAUUUGAAGCGGUGGAUUAGUGCGCGGAAGGCGAAGAAGGGUGUACAGUGA